GUAACAGACAUUAAAGAAAAACUAAAGCUCUCUAAAAAGUUCUGGUCAACGUUACCGUACACAAUCUGCAAAGAUGAGCGCGUGACAGCUGGUUCGUCAAAUGAGGAGGACUGCUGGAAUGGCCACACCAAGGCGAGAUACUUGCCUGAGAUUAUGAAUGAUGGUUUGACUAACCAGAUCAACAAUCCAGAAGUAGACGUGGACAUCACAAGGCCAGAUACUUUCAUUCGACAACAGAUCAUGGCUUUACGUGUCAUGACUAACAAACUGAAGAACGCAUAUAAUGGGAAUGAUGUCAACUUCCAGGACACAAGUGAUGAAACCAGUGGCUCAGGAAGUGGAAGUGGCUGUACAGAUGACAUCUGUCCCACUGAGUUUGAUUUCAUCACAACUGAAGCUCCACUUGUUGACUCGGACAGGAGGGAAGUGGAGGCCUCAGCCACCCAGCCUAGCCAAUCACUGUCUACAUUGCUCAUCAUCUUCAUCAUCCUCCUACUACAGAGACAGUGGAGAUAAUCCUCAAUCUGGCUGGAGAAACUGUGUUUUAGCUACAAAAACAGCCAACUUUCUUCUUUUCUUAUACUCUUGGAGAAUGGACCACGCCACAGAUACUUACAGUUUUCUA